AUGGUCGCUGUUUUACGCACCUUGAACUCACCUACGCAGUCACCUGCCACCACCGCCCCACUCUCGUCAACCUCGAGAGCAAGUAGCUCGUGCUCGCACAGGGCCCACACCGCCAGUGUCCCAAUGCGUCGUAUUAGAUUCGCACCCCUCCCUGAACCCACCACUCAGCUUGUCAAGUCAGAUGCAAUCAUGGACACCCACUCGUACAUGCUCUCUCCACUGCCCUCCAAUACCGUCUAUGUCCAACGCACACCCUCCAAACCAAAACCAAAACCUUCCUUUUCCCGCCAAUUCAACUUAUUUAAACGCCCUUCGACUGACUCGCUUUCCCAACAUCCUCAACCAUAUGACCUCGGUGCCCUACUCUCCCGAUCCACUUCCGUUCCCAUCCUGUCUAAGAGCCAACCAAGACGUUUCUCCUCCAUAUCUAGCUCCAAACCCCGUUCUUCCACUAACACUCUCGGCUCAGGUGGUGGCCGCCAUCCAAUACCCCACCCCACCUCCCCCCCAACGCGCCCGACUGUCCCCACACAUGGCACGCACAUGCUCAACGGACGCGUCUACGGCUCAAAGCGCAAAGCGCUCGCAAACCCCUUUGCUAACGUGCGCGAUGAACCUGAGUUCGUGGAAUGGGGGUACGGUGGCAUGGGCAGCAUCAGCUGCAGCAACGAUUCAAAAUAUUCCGUCCUCGCCAAAGGUACCCCUGCCCUGCUUGCCCACGGUCACGCCCAAAAGGUCGUCGUCGGUGGCGGCCGUGAUGGUGCUGCGAGGGAAAGGAAAGGUGGUGUGGGUAUACCUGAUUUAGUUGGAGGUGAUGACGAUGACGGGAGUGGUAUGGGAUGGGUUCGAAAACGGAGACAAGAGAGGGAACGGCUCGCGAAGGGCACGCCAAGCUAG